AUGACAUCAACGGCAGAAUCAAAGACCAUAACGUCAGUGACUGUAAUGAAAUGUCAUGACUGCAACAUGCCAUUUUCAAACAAUAAAUUUGGGGAUCUAACUGAUGAUACGGAUGUGGAAAAUAUUGGCAGUUUUAGGAAAGAUGGGAAAAAAAAGAGUUGUUGGUGGUGGUGUCGCGAUUGCAUGGCUACGUUAUGCAGAAGAUUCGAAGAAGUACCAAGUAGACUGCAGUAA